UAAUUUCUCUUUUGUUUUCUAUCCUAAACUCUCAAAGCAAGCCCUAAGGGGUGCGAGUAAAAUAUCAAGCUUUGAGGGGCUCAACUGAAACUGUCGAGUCCUGGCUAAUCUUUUGAACCUGGAAGCUUAAACUGAAACAAACUCCUAGGAAUAAGCUUCUCCAGUUACCUUCAAAACCUGAGCUUAAAGCGGAUUUUGGAAGCCAUUUAAAAUUGAAAACCCUAAAUUCCUCACCGGCAAAAGCCUGGUGCUCUGUUCCACCAGUAAAUUGCUCCGGUUAGCAAUCUGAGCAUUCUAGCAGGAAUAUACAUGGAAGUUGACAUUUCUUCACUACGUCUGAAUUCUUUGGAAUCUAACCAGGUUACAACUGUGCAUUCUGAUGUGGUUUCACCAGAAGAUGUAGCUUGGGCAGAUUCCUGCCUAAUAAAAGAUGAAAUCUCUGAAAAUGGCUGUAAUUCUCAUCAAGAUACUUUGAUCACGAGACUUGGUUCAAAAUCCAACUCUUCUGCUGCCAUAUGGGAAGAUAUUUGUCCUUACGACACAGAUAUGGAAACUUCACAGAUUCUGGAUGCAAGAGUUGAUGAUAUUUCUUUGUCUGAUGAAGAAGCACAAAACUUAAGUGGAGAUCGACUGAUCGAUGAGAAUAAUAAUAUUUCCAUAUCCACAUUUAACUUGAACAAUGUUUUUCUUCCAACAUACAAUGAGAAACUCAGGGAUUUGGGGACUAAAGAAUCUGAGGAUUUCAAAUUUCCAGGCCUUGUGACAGAACAAUUGACCGGGGACAUCUUCAAGGUUUGGAAUCUGGAAAUGCCAACUGAGGAGGAUGAAUUUGUCAAACAGUUAAAGAAAGCCAUAUCUGAAAGUUCCUUGGAGCUUACACCUUUUGUUUCUGAUGAGGCUGAACAUUUGAAACGAUUGGAAGAUGGAGAUAUUGAUGAUAUCAUUUCUGGAAUUGCGGACCUCUCUUUGAAUUUUUUUUCCCUAUGAAGUUCCUUAGAAUUUGAAACGAUGUCAAUGUGGCAAAUUAUUGUGUGGCAUAUGUUUUUUGUCUGUGUAUUUGAGGUAGUAACAGGAGUUGGCUUGUAUAAGGUGAUGAAAACAAAAGCUGCUCAGCUUUCAGCUUGCCACAUAGAAGGGGGCUUCGAGUCCGGCUGCUCUCUUGGGCUUGGUUACGGUAAUGAAGAUGUAGAAGCCCCAACUUGUAUCCGUGCAUGUUGUGUUUGUUAACCGUUUUGUUCAAUGGCAUUAAGCCUGAUGCAGGCAUGCCUGCAUUGUUCAACAA